AGAACCGCCCACUUCCGCUGUUGCCGAGCAACAAAGGAAGCUUUGGCUUCGCCGUCAUCUUAUCUCCGUAAGCGGUUUUUCUCACUGAUUUAAACGAGUUUUUCCACCUGUUGCAGGAAUGGAGGUGACGAUGGACCCUUUGUUUUUGGCAUGGAGCUACUUUAGGAGACGAAAACUUCAGCAAUGUUCGGAAAUUUGCACAAAAAUAUUACACGACAAUCCCUACGACCAGGCUGCCUGGAGCCUGAAAACACGUUCCCUGACAGAAAUGGUGUACAUUGAUGAAGUUGAGGUUGAUCAGGAAGGGAUUGCUGAGAUGAUGCUCGACGAGAACUCCAUUGCACAAGUUGCAAGGCCUGGAACAUCAUUGAGACUCCCUGGAACAAGUCAGGGUGGAGGUCCAACUCCGGCUGUGAGACCCAUUACACAGUCUGGACGCCCUAUUACUGGAUUUGUGAGGCCCAGCACACAAUCAGGACGUCCUGGAACGAUGGAGCAGGCGAUCAAAACCCCACGCACUGCAAGCACUGCCCGUCCUGUCACCAGUUCAUCUGGUAGAUUUGUACGUUUGGGAACAGCUUCAAUGUUAACCAAUCCAGAGGGACCUUUUAUAAACCUGUCCAGACUAAAUCUGGCCAAAUAUUCACAAAAGCCCAAUUUAUCAAGAACACUGUUUGAAUACAUAUUUCAUCAUGAAAACGAUGUAAAAAAUGCUUUGGAUUUGGCUGCUCAAGCGACAGAGCAUGCUCAGUUUAAAGACUGGUGGUGGAAAGUUCAGCUGGGGAAAUGUUAUUACAGACUCGGUUUAUACAGAGAAGCAGAAAAACAGUUUCGAUCUGCUCUAAACCAACAGGAGAUAGUGGACACAUAUCUUUACCUUGCAAAGGUUUACCAGCGCAUGGAUCAACCAGUAACGGCACUAAACCUCUUCAAGCAAGGCCUGGACCACUUCCCCGGAGAAGUCACCCUUUUAACCGGAAUAGCUCGUAUCCAUGAGGAGUUGAACAACAUCUCCUCAGCGACAGAAUACUACAAGGACGUCCUGAAACAGGAUAACACCCACGUAGAGGCUAUAGCUUGUAUCGGCAGCAAUCACUUCUACACCGAUCAGCCAGAGAUCGCCCUGCGGUUCUACAGACGGCUGCUCCAGAUGGGAGUGUAUAAUUGCCAGCUGUACAACAACCUGGGCCUGUGCUGUUUCUACGCCCAGCAGUACGAUAUGGCUCUGUCAUCAUUCGAGAGAGCUCUGGCACUGGUUUCUAGUGACGAAGAGCUAGCAGAGGUCUGGUACAACAUAGGUCAUGUGGCUGUGGGUAUAGGGGACUUGACACUGGCAUAUCAGUGUUUCAAACUAGCACUGGCAUUUAAUAACGACCACGCAGAGGCCUACAACAACCUGGCUGUGCUGGAACUGCGCAAAGGUCAUAUUGAACAGGCUAAAGCUUUCCUGCAAACCGCUGCAUCACUUGCCCCUCACAUGUAUGAACCACACUUCAAUUUUUCCAUUCUCUCUGAAAAGAUCGGAGACCUUCAGAGCAGCUACACGGCAGCGCAGAAGUCUGAAGAUGCGUUCCCCGAGCACGUCGACACACAGAAGCUUCUCAAGCAGCUCCGGCAGCACUUUGCUGUGCUGUGAGCGUUUGACUCUUUUCAGGAAAUUUAAACUCAAAGCUUCAAAAGAUGAAAAAGCUGUGCUGGUGCAUAGACUAGUAUACAAGAAGUUUUUAUUUGUUUAUUAAUAUAUUAAAUUAUACAAAGAGUUUAUUAGUUUGCUGUUGUCACAUGUAAAAGUUAAAUCCAGUUGGAUGGACGGGUUAAAUAUUUUAUGUAAAAAUAAUGUAGCACCUGCAUAUUCUGCAAUCUAGUGUCUAGAGUUGUAUAGCUGGAAUACACAUGUACAUAGUGUUAACAUAAAUGCUAUAAUAAAACAAUCAAAAUAGA